AUGGAUCAAUUUGCCGGCGUGUCAGGCCUCAGGAUCAACGCCUCCAAGUCAUCAAUCUUUGCCGCUGGUCCAAACAGCCACUUGCUUACACAUGCUGUAUGGAGAAAAACUGACUAUGAACCUUUGAUCGAUCAACUCCGUAAAAAGUUCUUUUCAUGGACACACAGAGCGCUCUUCUUUGCGGGACGUCUACAGCUCAUCAAAACGGUAAUCACCAGCACUGUAAACUUCUGGAGUUCUGCGUUUCUACUACCCAAAGGCUGUCUUGACACCAUUGAGAGCAUGUACAGUGCGUUCCUCUGGUCUGGAUCGCCAACCAUUACGUACAAAGAAAAAACAGAGUCCUUAUGGGUGGCUUGGACAAAGGAAUACUUGCUUAAGGAUAGUUCCUACAGGGAUGUACGAGAAGGCACUCUUGGCUCAUGGGCUUGGAGAAAGUUAUUAAAGAUGAGGUCCUUGGCUUUGGAUCAUAUGAGGCAUGAUGUUAAGGAUGGGAGAUCUACCUUCUUUUGGCUUGAUAAUUGGAUGGGCACAUGUAGGCUCUUGGAUGCAGUGGGGGAGAGGAUCCGUAGUCGAGGUCAAAGGCAAUAUCAUGAGCUAUAUGAUAAGUUAGAUAUGUGGCAUGUGCCUUGCCAAGACGCGGGAGAGGACACUGUACUCUGGAGGGCUGAUAAUGAUGAAUGCAAAGCUUACUUCUCUUCUGCCAAGACCUGGAACAACUUGCGGGAUAAGCGGAAUGAGGUCAGUUGGAGGAAAGUCACCUGGUUCUCUCAGGCAGUGCCCCGACACGCCUUUCAGGUAUGGCUUGCAUUCAGGGAUCGUUUAUCAACGGGAGACAGAAUGAAGAACUGGGGUAUAGAGCAGUGUUGUAUGCUUUGCGGAGAGAAGAACGAAACAAGAGAUCACAUGUUCUUUGCAUGUCCUUUCUCCUUCACGGUCUGGCUAAACACUGCAGGGAAGCUGUUUGGAAACGCCAUUACCCCUGAUUGGAACGAUACCGUCAGCUCACUCUUGCAACAGGCUCAGACUCGGAUAGAUCACAUUCUUAGGAGGAUGGCCUUUCAAACAGUCAUCUACUCAAUUUGGAGGGAACACAACUCACGGAGGCAUGGUGGUGUGUGGGGGUGA